CCGCCUGUCAAUAUUGUUACACACCCUAGCCUCAAGGCAAAGCUUGACCUGCUUGAAGACAGAACCACAGUACCAGCUGCCGUUCGAAGCCUUGUCGCUCAAGCCACUACCAUCCUCGCCGUCAAUGCCACCGCUGAUCUGGAGCCUGGGAGCUCUACCGUGCUCGUUCCUGUAAUGCGCAGCGGACUUGCCAUGGUAGACUCCUUCCUUGAUGUCUUAACUCCUGCACACAAAGUUGCUGUUCACCAUCUCGGACUCUUCAGGGAUCCGAGUACUCUUGAGGCUGUUGAGUAUUACAACAACAUUCCUACCUCCGGCGAUCCUGCGAAAUAUGCAUUUGUCGUUGAUCCUCUAGUUGCGACGGGAGCCAGUGUCUGUGCCGCCAUUGAUAUUGAGAAUAUCGUUGUUGUGGCUUUGCUAGCAACCAACGAAGCCAUUGAGCGAGUCAAGAAGUAUUAUGGCGAUGGCGUGCAAUUCUUCGUUGGAGAUAUCCAAGCUCUGGAUUCUAAUGGACGGAUUACGCCAGGCGUCGGCGAUAUGGGUGAUAGACUGUACUUC